AUGUGUAAAUCCAAGAAGAAAAUGAUUGCAGAUGUGAUUGAACACUCAACCACCCCAAAAUCAUCAAGAAAAUCCAAGAAAUCCCAACAAUCAUCAAUAGAAAACUUGUCGACCAGCACCAACAAUUUCAUGAUCCCAAGCACAGCCUCCACCUCAAGCUUCUAUAAAGACUCAUGGAAAUACUCCUUAUCGAGCCGUACUUCUCUUUCAAGCCUCCGGGAAUCCAUCCUCCCUGAGCAGCCCCAUAUCUAUGAUAUUUCAGAAAUUUCCGCCUCAACCCGCAAUUUCUUGCUCAAGCCGUACACUUCCUCCUCCUCGUCCACUUCUUGGCGGUGCAGUGUGCAGAAUCAGGAUGUAAUAGUUUUCCAGCGGAAGUUCCGGCGCCAAUUGGACACCUCGCAGUUAAUUGAUCAUCUUUCUGUGAUUUGCAGGAGUCAUCACUCCAGUUUGGUGAAAUUGAAGGGGGCUUCAAUUUCUGGUAAUUAUAUAUACUUAGUUUAUGAUUAUGUUUCUGGGGCUAGUCUUGCUGACUGUUUGAGAAAUGCGAAAAACCCGAAUUUUACUGUGUUGUCUAGCUGGAUUUCGCGUAUUCAGAUUGCUUCUGAUAUUGCUCAUGGUCUUGAUUAUGUUCAUAAUUAUACUGGAUUGGGAUUUGAAUUUGUGCAUAAUUAUAUAAAGAGUAGUAGUAUUAUAGUUACCAAGACAAAAUUAAAUGCGAAAAUUUGCCAUUUUGGUACUGCUGAGCUCUGUGGUGAAAUUGCAAGGGAGACCGGGAAGUCGAAAGAGCCUAAGAGAUCGGAUAGUAAGAUAAACAAGUUUGAGGGAACUAGAGGUUACAUGGCGCCAGAAUUUCAGAGAAGUGGGAUUGCAACGCAAAAAUGUGAUGUGUAUGCAUUUGGGGUUGUGGUUCUGGAGUUAUUGUCCGGGAUGGAGGCAUUGAGGUAUAGGGUUGAUGAGGAAACUGGAGCGUAUGUGAGGGUAUCGGUGGUGGAAGCAGCUAGAGUGGCCUUGGAGGGUGGUGGUGGAGGGAUAAGGAAGUGGGUCGACAGGAGGUUGAAGGACUCUUUCCCGGUGGAGGUGGUGGAGAAAUUGGCAGUGUUGGCACUGGAUUGUGUUGUCGAUGAUCCUGAUAGCCGGCCUGAUAUGGGGCGGGUGACUGGUCGAAUUUCACGAAUGUUUUUGGAAUCACAGAAAUGGGGGGAGAAAAUGGGCGUGGUUACGGAUUUAACAGUCUCUUUGGCUCCCCGGUGA